AACCAUGGCGAGCAGCGCGGCUCCGCGGGCGCUGCACUCGGCGCGGGCCGUGGACGUGGCCUCGGCGUCCAACUUCCGCGCCUUCGAGGUGCUGCACCUGCACCUGGACCUGCGGGCCGACUUCGCGAGCCGCUCGCUGAGCGGCACGGCCACCCUGGAGCUGCGCUGCCUGGAGCCCGCGGGCGCGGCCGAGCUGCGGCUGGACUCGCACCCGAGCCUGGAGGUCACCGCGGUGGCGCUGCGGCGCGUCCCGCCCGGCCCGGGGCAGCCGCCCGGCCCCGACGAGCCCGUGAGCUUUCAAACGCAGCCCUUCGCGCGCUACGGCUGCGCGCUGUGCCUGCGCUUCGCGCAGCCCCGGCCGGCGGGCGAGCGCUUCCAGGUGCUGCUCACCUACCGCGUCGGCGCGGGGCCCGCGGUCUGCUGGCUGACCCCUGAGCAGACUGCAGGGAAGGAGAAGCCCUUUGUCUACACCCAGGGGCAGGCGGUCCUGAACCGCGGCUUCUUCCCCUGCUUCGACACGCCCGCGGUCAAGUGCACCUACUCGGCCCUGAUCGAGGUCCCGGAUGGCUUCACGGCUGUGAUGUCUGCAGACACCUGGGAGACGCGGGGGCCAAACCAGUUCUUCUUCCACAUGAGCCACCCCAUCCCCUCCUACCUCGUUGCUCUGGCCAUCGGAGACCUGGCCUCCGCGGAGGUGGGACCCAGGAGCCGGGUGUGGGCCGAGCCGUGCCUGAUCGAGGCUGCCAGGCAGGAGUACGACGGUGUGAUAGAGGAGUUCCUGGCCACGGGGGAGAGCCUUUUCGGACCCUACGUUUGGGGCAGGUAUGACGUGCUCUUCAUGCCGCCAUCCUUCCCGUUCGGAGGGAUGGAGAACCCUUGCCUGACCUUCGUCACACCCUGCCUGCUGGCCGGGGACCGUUCCUUGGCAGACGUCAUCAUCCACGAGAUCUCCCACAGCUGGUUUGGGAACCUGGUCACCAACGCCAACUGGAGCGAGUUCUGGCUCAAUGAAGGCUUCACCAUGUAUGCCCAGAGGCGGGUCUCCACGGUCCUGUUCGGGGCUGCCUAUGCCUGCCUGGAAGCCGCCACCGGGCGGGCCCUGCUGCGCCAGCACCUGGACGUCACCGGCGAGGAAAACCCACUGAACAAGCUCCGCGUGAAGAUUGAGCCAGGCGUGGACCCGGACGACACCUACAACGAGACCCCCUACGAGAAGGGCUUCUGCUUCGUCUCCUACCUGGCCCACUUGGUGGGCGAUCAGGAUCAGUUUGACGCGUUUCUCAAGGCCUAUGUCAGUGAGUUUAAGUUCCAGAGUAUCUUGGCGGAAGACCUCCUGGACUUCUACCUGGAGUACUUCCCCGAGCUGAAGCAAAGGAAAGUGGACUCCAUUCCAGGUUUUGAGUUUGACCGAUGGCUGAAUACCCCGGGCUGGCCCCCGUACCUCCCGGACCUGUCCCCCGGGGACUCGCUCAUGAAGCCGGCGGAAGAGCUGGCCCAGCUGUGGGUGGCCGAGGAGCCGGACCUGAAGGCCAUCGAGGCUGUAGACAUCUCCUCCUGGAAGACCUACCAGCUCGUGUACUUCCUGGACAAGCUCCUCCAGAAAUCCCCCCUGCCGCCCGGGAACGUGAAGAAGCUGGGAGAGACGUACCCCAAGAUCUCAGGCGCCCACAACGCGGAGCUGCGGCUGCGCUGGGGCCAGGUCGUCCUCAAGAACGACCACCAGGAGGACUUCUGGAAAGUGAAGGGCUUCCUGCAGAGCCAGGGGAAGCAGAAGUACACCCUCCCGCUGUACCACGCGAUGGUGGCCGGCAGCCCAGCGGCCCGGGCCCUCGCGGAGGAGACCUUCGCGGCCACUGCCGCACAGCUGCACAGCAACGUCGUCCGCUACGUCCAGCAGAUCAUGGCGGCCUCAUGCACCUAGAAGCCCGUCCGCGGGGGGGCCUGGGCCGCUCCUUGGACCGUCGGUCCACAUGCCAGCUCUCCACUCCACUCCCCAAGCAAGUGUGUGUCCCUUGGAGGGUCUGUCCUCCAUGUGGUGUCCGUGACUCGCAGGAACCCCCUGGACCCCGAGAGCAGAGACCCCCACCCCUAGGCCCUCAGGGCAGGCUC